GCCUCCUCUGCCCGCCCCUCCCUGCUGAGGUGUGGGGCGGAGCCUAAGCCACACUUAGUUGUUGUACGUUGAAGAGUGCUGUCGACAACACACGGUGUGUUGGGGACGGCGGACGCGAGGAGCCGAAGGGGGCCAAAUGGGCUCGAACCACCUGGACAUGGGUUUAGACGCGAGCUGGAGACGAGGGCCGUUGCCAAAGUAACGAACCAUUCGCUCCUCUCUGGCCGCAAACGGGAGGGGGGCUAUUAUGCCCGGCGUGAACGUGUCUGUGCGAAGUUUGUCCGAAGAGAAACACCUCAGCCGCCGGAUGGACCAAAGUAUGGAUUUCGACCCUUGGCUUUCAAUGCGUCGGGGCUCUUCAGACAACAAUCUGGAUUUGGACCUGUGCAACGAAAACCCACGUGCUGCACUUGGCCUGGAGGUCCAACGAAGUCGUUCCUGUUUGGACAAUCUGCAGCAGAAGAUUCUGAAAGUCACAGAACAGCUUAAGAUUGAGGACACGGCGCGGAAUGAGAAUUUAGCGGAAUAUCUGAAGCUCAUGAACAGUGCUGACAAGCAGCAGGUGGGGCGCAUCAAGCAGGUGUUUGAGAAGAAAAACCAGAAGUCGGCUCAUAACAUCGCUAAGAUGCAGAAGAAGCUGGAGCAGUACCAUCAGAAGUUGAAAGACAGGGAAGUCCAACAUGUCCUGUCCUCUCGGCCUCCCCCCGUCAAACACAGCACCAUACCCAGAGAGUCCCCUAGACAGUUGCUCAAGGAUAUGACCGGCAGCGGCAGACACCCAACCAUGGACAAGAUCAAAACCAUUGGGCCGGGUGUUUCCCUGUCUCCGCCUUUCUUCUUCAGCAAGCCCAGAGAGUUUGCCAAUCUCAUCAGGAACAAGUUUGGAAGCGCCGAUAACAUUUCCCAACUCAAAACCACUCUAGACACUUCCUCCCAGCUGCCCACGGACAGCGCAGCAAAGGGGCUGAGCAGCAGCGCGUCCUUGGUGGGCAAGCCCAAGUAUCCCAGUGACGACGAGUGCUCCUCAGGAAGUGCCUCAAUUUCAGCCGAAAGCAAUGGGAACGCAGUGAAGGUGCAGGCCCAGAGCCCUGCUCAGGACCCACCAGCAGACGGAGAAGGCCAGAGCCAUGUGGACAUUUGUUUGGAGGAUGUAAAGAAAAUCAGAGGGGCCCAGGAUCAACUGGAGGAUGAUAUUGAGGAGAUAAAAGAACAAUUUAAGAGAGAAUACAACAUUAUCAGCCAAACACUACAGGAAGAACGCUACCGGUACGAGCGCUUGGAAGACCAGCUGAAUGACCUAACUGAGCUACAUCAGCAUGAAAUGACCAAUCUGAAGCAGGAGCUGGCAAGCAUAGAGGAGAGGGUGACCUAUCAGGCUCAUGAAAGGGCCCGGGACAUACAGGAAGCUCUGGAGACGUGUCAGACGCGUGUGUCCAAGCUGGAGCUCCAGCAGCAGCACCAACAGCAGACGGUCCAGCUGGAGAGCCACGACGCCCGGGUCUUGGUGGGGAAGAGCAUCAACAUCAUGCUGGCCAUCAUCACCGUCAUCCUGGUUUGCGUCUCCACUGCUGCCAAAUUCGCCGCCCCUCUGACGAGGAGCCGCUAUCACGUGUUGGGCACCAUCCUGGCGGUGUGCUUUCUGACCGUCUUCUGGAAGAACUGGGACCGGUUACAGUACGCGUUGGAGAGGUUGCUGGUGCCUGCUUGAAAACACUGAACGAACAAUUGACGCGGAAUCCGUCAGGUGUGAGAAUCCUCUCGUCUUAAAGGAUUGGUUGUACAAUCUUUCAAAGACACAAUAACACGUUGUUUUAAGAGGUCAAACUUUUUAAAUACAGACUGAAACUCUUUUGAAUCUUAAUUGCAUUUUAACUAACAAUUUCAUAAAAAGGAAAAUAUAUAUAUUUAUGCACUAAUUUUACUAGUUUUACACGAGGAAUCGCAAUGAGAUCGUCAUGGGUUGAGAAGGCUGACGAGAACUGCACACAGACAGGAAACCGGACAUCACUAGUUGGCGGGAACUACAAAACUUUUACUCGCCCCUUUAAAAAAACAAACUGUACGUCUUGUUAAUUGCAUUGAUUUGCUGUCUUGAAGCGAGAGAUCCCAUCUCACAUCUGUUAAUGUAGCCAUGUGGUUUAGCUUGGGUACGGGCUGCAGUUAAGAUAAGGCUGUCGGCUAAUAUCACAUAAAAAUGUUACAUAUUUUCAAAAUUCUGUUUAAUUCAGAAUCUCUAAACAACAGCAAAGGCUUUGAACUUUUUUUGUUUUUUUGUUCUUUUUUCUCAUUGCCUUGACAUUCAACUGUGGCAUCUUUAUUCUGGAGAGUUUACCAGAGAGCUGCUGAUGUCUGAAGUGCAAUAUAUUAGAAAUAAAAAGCAUCGUUUGCAGAGCAUUUGCUAAGAACUGACUGUUUCUUUUUUCUUUUUUUACUAGAGUCUUUUACAGGAAUGACAGGGUUCUGGUGAUGCAGCAAAGUGUGAGGAAGUGUCAUUAAUGCUUAUAGGAGAUACACAGAGGCCUUUUCUGUUAACACCAGCUUUUUUUCUCCUCCUUUCUCUCUUAAAGGCCAAAAAAAUCAAUCUCCCUGCAUUACCCUGUGAGCAUUAUAGCACCUCACUGCAGCGCUCUAGUGCAGAUACUAACAUACGGAGAGGAAACACAAGCAGAGCUGGUCGCUUGGUUUUCUUUGCAUAACUGUUUGGGAUUUAGCUCUGUUUCAUUGUUAAGGAACAAUGGGAAGGAGAUGGAGCGGGUUAUACUGUGAUGCAAGGCUCAUUCCUCUAUAAUCCUGGAAUAACACGCAAAAAAUCUCAUUAUGUAGCUGUGAGCUGAUUCUUUGGAUAAUUAUUUCACUAUUUCUUUAGAGAAUUUCUGUGGACCACUGAUGAUCUUUUGCCAUAACAUGUUUGUGUUGAUGUUUGUCAUCUUUUACAGACCAUCUUGUUUUUUUUUGUUUUUUUCCCCCCUCAUUCCUUAUUUUGUAUAUUCAGUGAAGAUUUACAGUUAUGACACUGUUUACACUGACGCUGUUUGCACCUUUGGUGCACUAUGAGAUCAAUCUAUACAUGUUUUUUAGUGUAUUAUGUGCCUUUGUCGGAUGAUUUCUGUUAAAUUAAACCAACUUUUUAAAUCUGCU